AUGUCUUUUAACCACAGUGAAGGCGUUCCAGCCACGGGCUGGCAUCCUCAAGCAUCCCAUCACCACCCGCCAUACUUGGCCACGGCCUGUGAGAAUACUUCUCUGUUUAUACUGCCCGAUGCGGCCUCGAAUCUCGUCCCUAUCGACGUCUCCGAGUAUGCAUACAAAAGAAGUGGGCUGCCUCUUCAGGAAGCACAACAGUCCCGGGACGAUCUGUUGGCCGGCAGGAUCUGCUUGCCAGUCUCCUCGCCCGAAUAUGGCGAUGGCGAUCAUUUUACCUGGCUCGCCCAGCAAUCGAGUCUUCACGACAACAGCAGUGACACGACGCCUGCCCAUAUGGCUCUGGCCCGUCAAAUACACCAAGACGGUACGAGUCCUGACCCUUGUGGACAAACGGAAGCCAGCUAUGGCUCCACGAUAAAUGCUCAAGAAAGGAAUAGAUCCAGUACCAGCGAUAAAAGACAAGCCCACUCCAUCACUGAGCGGAGAUAUCGCGACAAGGUAAACAACAAACUCAAGGAGCUCUAUUGCACUCUGCGCGAGGCCAAGUAUCAGCUCCAGUCUCAGAUCGAAGCGUCGGAAUGUAUCAUCAUCAGCGAGCCAUUCAAUGGCAUGAAGAAGUCCGAUGUCAUCAACGAUGCCAUCACCUACAUUCAGGAGUCUGAGGUCAACUUCCGGCACAUGGCAGAGGAGAUCCAAAGCCUCAGAAGUCAAAUCCGCCAUUUGGAGGAUCACGGAGAUAGCUUGACAAGAAUCAACUCUUAA